AAGGAAGAGACUUAGAUGGAAGUAAGUCACUUCUCUCAUUGGCUUGUGACCAAUGAUCUUGAUCACUGUGGCUUGAUCUUACUCAUCAUAUAAACCCAAAUGCAGUCAUACAUAAGAGCAUAGAAGAUACUAGAAACUCCAGAGACACAGCCCAAAAUCACACCAUGCCAAACUACAAACUCAUUUAUUUUAACAUGAGGGGGAGAGCAGAAAUUAUUCGUUAUAUAUUUGCAUAUUUGGACAUAAAAUAUGAAGACCACAGAAUAGAACAAGCUGAUUGGCCUGAAAUCAAGUCAACUCUUCCAUUUGGCAAAAUCCCCAUUUUGGAAGUUGACGGACUUUACCUUCACCAGAGUCUAGCAAUAGCAAGAUACUUGACCAGAAACACAGAUUUGGCUGGAAAAACAGAACUUGAACAAUGUCAAGUGGAUGCAAUUGUGGACACACUGGAUGAUUUCAUGUCUCGUUUUCCUUGGGCAGAGAAAAGACAAGAUAUAAAAAAUCAGAUAUUUAAGGAGCUACUUACAUGUGAUGCACCUCCUCUUCUGCAAAAUUUGGACACAUACUUAGGGGAAAACGAGUGGCUUAUUGGUGACUCUGUAACUUGGGCAGACUUCUACUGGGAAAUUUGCAGUACCACACUUUUGGUCUUUAAACCCGAUUUGCUGGACAUCCACCCCAGGCUGGUGACAUUACGGAAGAAAGUUCAAAGCAUUCCUGCCAUCGCUGACUGGAUACUGCGAAGGCCCCAGACCAAACUCUAGGUAAUGCCGGCUGCCUCCAACCUUUAUUCUUCUUCACAGCAUCACUCUCAUCAGAUAAGAAGCUAUAUCAACAUGCUGCAUAAUGUGCAUACACCAUCCCCUCAACUCCGUCAACACUUUCACUUCUGUCAUAUUCUGCUCAUUAAAAGAAAAAAGAGGAGGAAAGGGGAUUAAUUAAAAAAAAAAAAAAAAAAAAAA